AUGGUCAAUCAAAUAGAUGAAAAAGCGGUACAUUCCAAUAACUGGAGCAAGUCAGACUUACCACUUCACAAUGAAAAGCCAAGAAAGAAAAACAAUUGGUUAUUAGUAUUCUACACAAUUGGAUUUAUGAUAUUAUUCUGGUUUGGAAAAUCAAUUUAUUCUCAAAAUCUAGUAACAAUGGGAGUACCAGAUGAAGAAUUAUGUCCAAUUCUUGAAAAAAUAAUUCCAAAUAAAUACGUAACAAAUCCAGAAAAUAUAGAUUAUAUAUUACAUAACAAAGAAUAUCAUGAAAUAUUAAAUAAAAGGUUUCAAGACUCAAUAAAUUACCCAACUGAAGUAUACGAUGAUAUGCAAAAUCCAACUAAAGAAGGUCAAAAUGACACUAGAUGGAAUACGUUUAGACAAUUUCACACUUACUUAGAAAAAACAUACCCAUUAGUCUAUAAGAAUUUAAAAGUUGAAAAAGUAAAUGAAUUAGGUUUAGUAUAUACUUGGAAAGGUUCCAAUUCAGAUAAAAAACCAAUAAUGUUAACCGCUCAUCAAGAUGUAGUACCAGUUGAUAGAUCAACAGUCAAUAGAUGGGAUCAUUCACCGUUUAGUGGGUUUAUUGAUUCAAAUGAUUUUAUUUAUGGUCGUGGUGUUUUAGAUUGUAAGAAUUUAUUAAUUGGAUUAUUAAAUACUAUUGAAUUCUUAUUAGAUGAAAAUAAAUUUCAACCUAAAAGAACUAUAAUUUUAGCUUUUGGUUAUGAUGAAGAAAGUUCAGGAGAUGGAGCUUUUCAAAUUGGUAAAUUUUUAGAAAACCGUUAUGGUCAAGAUUCUUUUUUACAAAUUAUUGAUGAAGGUAAUGCUGGAUAUCAAGAAAUUGAAGGUACAAAUUUUAUAUUACCUGCUACUGGUGAAAAAGGUCAUUUGAAUUCAGUUAUAGAGAUUUUCACACCUGGUGGUCAUUCAAGUGUUCCUCAAUCUCAUACAUCUAUUGGAAUUAUUGCUCAAUUAAUUAACGAAAUUGAAUCAUCACCAUUUGAACCAAUACUAACUAAAGUUAAUCCAUUAAUGAAUCAAUUAUAUUGUUUAGCUGAACAUUCAAAAAUUCCCCAAAAUUUAAAAACAAAUAUUUUAAAAUCUCAAAUCGACCAAAAAUCUAAUUCAAAAGUUGUUGAAUAUUUAAGUGAAAAUUUAGAUACUAAAUAUUUAAUAACUACAUCUCAAGCAAUAGAUAUUAUUGAAGGUGGUGUUAAAUCAAACGCAUUACCUGAACAUGUAUCAUUUUUAGUAAAUUCAAGAAUCGCAGUUGAAUCUUCAGUCGAUGAAACCGUUGCAAAAUAUCAAGAAAAUAUUGUUAAAGUAGCUAAUAAAUUUAAUUUAGGUUUAAUAAUAGAAAAUACUACAAUUAUAGAACCUACAGAAAAUGGAUACUUUAAAUACAAUAUAGUAGAACCAUUAAAUCCAGCACCAGUAUCACCAUUAAAUGAAAGUUGGAAAAUUUUCGGAGGUUCAAUACGUUAUUUAUUUGAGAACUUAAUCAAUACAACCACCACUACAACACCAUUUGUAGUAGCUCCAUUUUUAUCAAGUGGAAAUACAGAUACUAAAUCUUAUUGGAUUUUAACUAAAAAUAUUUAUAGAUAUAUACCUAGUUUUAUUGAUGAAGGUAGUGGUGGUGAACAUAGUGUUAAUGAAAAAGUUAAUUUGUCAUCUCAUUAUCAUAUUGUUGGGUUUUAUUAUUAUUAUUUACAAUUGAUUGAUAAAGUUGAAGAUGAAUCAUUUGCAUAA